AUGGCCGGCGGGAAAGAGCCGAUCGAGGUGAAGUUCCGCCUGUUCGACGGCACGGACAUCGGGCCCAACAAGUACGACCCCGCCACCACCGUCACGGCGCUCAAGGAGUUCGUCCUCGCUCGGUGGCCGCAGGACAAAGACAUUAUUCCAAAAACUCUCAAUGACGUGAAGCUCAUCAAUGCUGGAAGGAUACUUGAGAAUAACAAAACUCUUGCUGAGUCUCGAGUCCCAGUAGGGGAAGUUCCAGGAGGUGUGAUCACGAUGCAUGUUGUUGUACGCCCUCCCCAAAGUGACAAAAGUGAUAAGCACCUCUCGAAUUCUCCCAAGCAGAACAGAUGUGGGUGCACGAUAUUGUGA